AGCUAUAAAGCUGACGAUAUAUGAGUACUAGUGUCAGAGACGAACAGAGAGGCUGAAGAGUUUGGCUGACAGAUUACUCAUUUAAGGCUUAUGAUCUAAGCAAUAUUUCUGAAUUUGUUUAAUCUUGUGCCAACAAUCUAGCUGUCUACAACAUAUCAAGCUGUCAAAUAUCAUCACCAUCAUCACAAUGGAUUUGUUGAGUUGAAUAUGGGAAAUGAGAUGGGAAACAAUAACACAUCUGAGUUUAGAGAGGAAGAAAAGGAAAAAGCCGAAGGUCCAGAACUUUUUUUACUAGAAGGCGGGAAAAAUGAAGGAGAAGCCGAUGAAGUUGCAGGCUUCAGCCAAAAAGAGGCACGGCCGAGUUCUGGUGAGGCAGAUAAAGUAAAUGGUGAUCAUCAUGUGAGCGAGAAAGAGGAAGAGAAAAAUAAAGUAUUUGAUAUAGAAGAGUUUCAAGUGGUUUCUGAAAACUUACAUGAUCAAACUAUAGAGGACAAUGUGGUCGAGGUCAAGUCUAAAGAAAAUAAAGAAAUGGAGUGCGACUCAGAAGAGAAUAGAUCCGAUAAGCAGGCUUCAAGUCAGAAAGAGGAAGAAGAGAAGAGAGGUUCCAAUUUGAACACGACAGUACUUUCAUUGAAUGAGCCGAAACUUGAGAAGACUGAAGAAAAAUGCAAGGAUGCUUUGGAAUCGAGCUCGAAAAACACUUGCCAUUCAGCAGAUUGUGCCGUGCCAGAUUCAGAAGAAAACACCAAUAUGAAUCAAGUUAUUGAUACUGACCGAGAUACUAAUAAGGAAAAUGAUGGAGAGAAAGGAAAGGGUUCCGUCAUCAACAUGAUAACACAUGCAUCAGAAGAUGAAAAAUCUGAAACGACAUCAGAUGUUAAUGUCGAUCAAGUUAUUGAUAAUGAUGGAGAUACAGAUAAGGAAAAUGAUGGAGAAAGAGGAAGAGGUUCAAGCUUCAACACGACAACGCAUGCACCAAAGGAUCCAAAAUCUGAAAUAAAUUCAGACUUCGAUUCUGAUCAAGUUAUUGAUACUGAUGUAGAUGCACAUAAGGAAAACGAUGAAGAGAGGAGAAAGGGUUCCAACUUCGAGAUGACAAAUUCAUCAGAAAAUCCAAAAUCUGAAAAAACUUCAAACUUGGAUAGUAAUCAAGUUGUUCGUACUGAUUGGGAUGCAGAUAAGGAAAACGAUGAAGGGAGGGGCAACAGCUCCAACUUCGACAUGUUAAUAGAUGCAUCAAAAGAUCCAAAUUCUGAAAAUAGUUCAAAUCUUAGGUGUAGUCAGCACGAGUCACCUGAAACCAACGCUGAAUCAUUGACAGGAUCAAGUGAUGAUGGAGGCACGGAUAUGGAGAAGAAAAAGGGUGAUCUAGUGGAGCCAAGACAAUGCCAUGGGUAUACAGCGCCAGCUGCCAAAAAUGUUGAUACUAAAGAUAAAGGAACUGUGACAGAUGUGAUAUGUCAUAAUACUUCAGGCUCGCUGGCAGAAGAGUGUCUGGUGAUAGAAUCACCCAAUUCAUCUGUGCAAGUUCCUGAGGUUGAAGACAAGGUAGAAUUCCAAUUAAGAGAAGAACGUUUAGGAACUGAAACAGUCGAUGAAGACAAUAUUCCAACUCAAUCUAAGAUUUCAAAUGAGGUCCAAGAGGAAUUUAACACAACUGAGUCACACUCUGAGAAGAAUGCAGAAGAAGCUGAAGUUUCUCCUGAAUUUGUUGCCGAGAACAAGAACGAGGCUCCUGUAGAGGAUUGCGAGGAUUCAGAUGGAGAAUAUCUGGAAAUUUCCGAACAAGGUAUGGAUAUUUUAAAUUUAUCUAUUGGAGAUUGCAAGCAUAAGAAUGAGGAGAUGGGAGAGACAACUGAACUUUCAACAAGCAAUGAACACGAAGCGGAAAGACGAGAACCAGAUGAAAGCCCAUUUGAGCCUAUUUUAGGGUUUCAACCACAAACUCAGCAAAAGGAAACUACAAUAGUUUUUCAAACUGCAGAAAGUACAGAUGAAUCGAUUUCAGCACCGAGGCAAGAAACCGAUACAGAAACUGAAAAAUCCAAGAGCAAUCCCUCGGAUUCCCUAAGUUAUACCCAGACAGCUUCAUCAACACCCACAGAAACUAAACCAUCGACAAAUCCAAUCGACGAACAGAGUUUAGCAACACUUCCAUUCUCCACAUUUGGAGGAGAAGAUCAAGAUUCUCCAGGAAGAACAAGCAAUGAAUCAAUUUCAGAAAAUUCAAUUGGUCAAAUCGAGAUGCGUAAAUCACCUAGCUUCAAUAUAGAUAUCCAAAUCGAAGGAAAAACAGGAGAAACAGAGAAAACUCCAUUGCUAUACCAAAUUAAGACAAUCGAAGACUUAUCAAAUCUGCAGGAGAUUAGCUUCCCAAAUCCAAUGGAGAAACGAGUAGUGAAGUUGGGAAGAAGCGACUCAGAGAAAUCGAGGCCUUCUUUCCCAGGGUUCGUGAAAGAAAAAGAAGAAUCAGGGAUGGAAUUCAAAGCAAUCGAUCAAAAUAACUUCGUCAACGAGAAGAAGGUAGCGAAAAACUUACCACCGCCAUCGCCGAUCCGUAAAGGGAAGCGCAGAACGAAAUCCCUCAUUUUUGGGACCUGCAUCUGCUGUGCUACAGCGAUCAAUUGAAUGGAUUUUGUGGAGAUCAUUCACAUCCAGCAUUGGGGUUUCGGAGUGGUUUUCUUUCAUUGAUUUUUCUUUCAUUUUUCUAUUUUACUAUUUCAGCAACGUUUCAAGAGCGAAGAACGCCAUGAUCGGCUUGAAGUUGAGCUCGUUGUUGGCCUUUGAAACGAAAAUAUGGUUGGACUUGCUGUUCUUGUGAAUUUCUUUUCUUCCCGCCCAAAAUACAUAAUGUGAUAUUGUGAUUUAAAUUUAACCCCUUUUAUACCUUUCAUUUGUUUGUUA